GUAGUGUCACGGACCCGGUACUUUUGGAAUUGAUGCAACAUGCUUGCAAGGAGGCUGCAUUAAGUCAAAUUGAUAAAGAUCAGAUUUUGGAAGCAAUUGUCUCACCACGAGAAUGGGAAGAAGAUGGAAAGCGAUACAAACAAUUGAUUUCAAAGGAACCUGCGACUCGUGCGGAUGUGAGUGGCCUAAAUGAAUUGCUAAACGAACAGCUAACGCUACGACAAGCUAGGCCUGAUGGGAUAUGUCUUAUCAGGCGAGAACUGGCUGAGCAAUGUUUUGAUGAACUAAUUCGUCAAGUCACCUUAUCCGAAGCUGAACGUGGUCUCCUUCUUUUACGAGUUAGGGAUGAAUUAAGGAUGACACUUUCAGCUUAUCAGGAUUUGUUUGUAAGCGCAAGAGACCAUGAUCCUCGUAAAACGGUGGGAAAAGAAAUCAUGGCGAUGAAACAAGAGUAUACCGCAAAAUAUGACGAAUUUGCAUCUGCAGUCAGUCGACUGGAGAAAGAAAAACAGGACUUGAUUCGGACAUUUGAGAAUAAUGAUCAGAUUUCCAAGGAGGAAAGGGAAUCUUCCAAUAAACGUCAUCAUGAAGAGUUUCAGUUCUUGAAGAGAAUCAACAAUACUUUAAAGCAACAAAUUGAUGCCAUGAUAGAUCCGGAAAAUGAUAUUGAUCCAGUUAUUGCGGCAUAUGAAAGCAUCCCAAUAAAGCAGACGAGAGGUAUUUGGAAGUAUACCAAGAUCUGUAAAGAGGGAGAGGCGACGGCCACAUAAGCUCACUUAUGACAUACAAGCACAUUAAAUUUUAUUUGGCAUGCUGAUAAUAAACAUUGAUGUUGUUUUGCCAGAAUUACGAUAUUAUAUUUAGUAUGCUAAGUACAAACAUAUAUGUGCAAAUGUGUGACUCAUUUAAUGGGUGACCAAUCCAAUCUUGAGUAAAUGUCUUCAUAAUUUAGAUUA